AUGCCGGCUCCUGUCCAGAUGCUUGAGCCCGUCGUGCGCCGUCUUGAGCACGACGAGGACUACGUGGUGAACGCCUUCGAGCGCCAUGCUACCCACUGCCCUCGAUGCGAAGACCCCAUCAAGACCUUUGACGAGAACAACACCCUCUGCGAUCGCGGAAACCAAUACGCUAUCGAUGUCGACAAGUACAUCUACGCCAUCAAUGACAUGGCGCACUCCGUCGUCGACCGCGAACUAAACCAGGCCACUCUGGUCCAAAUCCCCAUGAACUGCGAAUCCACCCGCCGACUCCUCCUAGCAGUACAGUACGGCCUCCCACUACGUCGCAAGGAGAACCACAGCCAGAGCCAACGCCAACGGAGCGAGUCGCCGGCCCGUCCCGUCAUCAGCUACGAUCGUACAUACCCCGUUGCCCCUCGACGGCCAGCAUCGCAAACCCAGUCCCUCAGCUCUGAAGUCAUUGAGCGGUCACCGCAGCGUAACAUGAAGCACCGGGUCAUUGUCUACCCCUCUUCCUCCUCAUCAGUUCGUUCUUCGUCGUCGACCAGGGGUUCACUGUAUGAAGAAGAUGUUGUAGACCGUGUGGACCGGAGGAGGCCAUCUCCCCGUCGCAACUGGCCAAUCGACUACCAUCUUUGA